AUGGACAAAACACAGGACACAGAAUUAUGGCCCACCCGAAGCGACACUACUAAGCGGAAAGAACAGCCCGAUGUCUCGAUCAAACGCGAUGGCGCAGAAGAGGAGGCAAUCCUGGAGAGAACCACGAGGGUGAGGGGGGUAUUCUCAUUUGCCCAGUUCUUCGCAUUUUGCCUGGCCUACAUGGGAGCCUGGGAAGGAGUUUGCGUCAACUUGGUAUUUGCGCUCAUCAACGGUGGCCCUCGAACGUUGUUCUUCGGCAUGAUAAUCGCCGUUGUCGGAGCCCUUGCUCAGGCAGCCUGCCUGGGGGAGAUGGCGUCCAUGAUUCCGGUGGCGGGAGCACAGUAUCACUGGACUUGGCACAUGGCGCCCGAGCGCAUCAAGAUGUUCGCGACCUGGAUACAGGGCUGGACUGCCUGGUUCGGCUACGUCGCACUCCAGGCGGCUCUCGCCAAUGUCUUGGUCGUGCAGCUGGAGUCCCUGAUCACCCUUAACUCGGAGACAUAUGUUGCCGGCGGAUGGAAGACAUCGGUUUUGGUCAUCGCAUGUGCGACCUUCCAGGGUCUCGUCAGUGUGUACGCCUUCAGGGUGAUUCCUUGGCUCGAGAUGAUCUCCAGUAUACUACAUGUCGGAUUGUUCGUCCUCGUCCUCGUCGUUUUCGUGGUAAUGGCACCAAGGCAUGAUGCAAGCUUCUUGCUGAAACCAAUGAUCGCAUCGGGAUGGGACCACAACCCUUAUGUGUCAUGGCAUCUAGGCAUGCUGACAUGCAUAUUCAGUGUCACAGGUGUUGAUGGCGUCAUUCAUAUGUCCGAGGAGACGCGGCGGGCAAAAUCUGCCGUCCCGCGGGCCAUGGUCUGGUCGAUUGCCAUCAAUGGCUCGCUUGCCAUAAUCAUGGCUGCCAUCAUACUCGUUCACAUGGGAGAUGUCGAUGUGGCAUUGGGAUCCCCUAACCCCCCUUGA